UCUUGGUUGAAAUACAAUAUAUAUCUGGAGAGGGGUACGAGGCGUUUGCACAUCGAUCUUCGAGCUUAUUCCACGGUCGGACAACGAUCAGAUCGCUCAACGUUAUCACACGCGUCAAGUUUCUCGCGCAGAAGAAAAACUAAAACUAUAAAACAUGGGUGUUCCUGCUGGUGAUGCUGAAAAAGGCAAGAAGGUUUUCGUACAAAGAUGUGCUCAGUGUCACACGAUCGAGGCUGGUGGUAAGCACAAGGUCGGUCCAAAUUUGCACGGCAUGGUCGGUAGGAAAACUGGUCAAGCUCCGGGAUUCUCUUACACGGAUGCCAACAAGGCAAAAGGCAUCACUUGGAACAAGGAUACGCUCUUUGAGUACUUGGAAAACCCAAAGAAGUAUAUUCCGGGUACAAAGAUGGUCUUUGCGGGUUUGAAGAAGCCUCAGGAGCGUGCCGAUCUCAUCGCUUACUUGGAACAGGCUUGCAAGUAAAAAAGCAACAAAAAGACUCGAUACUCGGAGUGAUUUCUCAUAGAAAUCACAAAAGAGAAAGAGACGGAAGAGAGAGGAGAAGAAGUAUAAGGAGCAAGGAGAAUGGAACGAGAUGGCUGAGCGAACGAGGAGAGUCGGGGAAGAUGUGUCUAACCCAACGACAAAUAGUUAAAUUAUCAUCGUCGCGACGUUAACCGCCCUAUAUCUCCGGAGGAAGCUCUACAUCGAGCGGCGUCGCGUUUUUUAUCGCACUCAUUUUCAGAACAUCUCAAUAACAUCCUCAUCUCCGUUCGAUCUUGGAAUAACUGUCGUUAUUUCAAGAGAGCCACUCGUGUCCAUCAUUAGUACGAAUUGUUAUUGUUAAACAAAAAUAGGCAAAAUCUACAUCGUAAUUUACCACUCUAAAGAUUAAUAAAAAGCAAUGUGUAAAAAAGGACUACGGACAUAGAAAAGUCGUCUGGAUUCGAAACUUCAUGUCCGUAUAAAACUUUUAAACCGACGAUAUUUUUUGAUUAGCGCUUGCGGCUCACGAGUCUCCUGGUUGAUAUUCGAACCUCAAGUUGUUGUCGUUAUUAUUUAUUAAACGUGUACAGUACGAAAGAAAUAAAACCCUGGAUCAAUCAUUGAUAUACAAUGUGCUAUGAUGUGUCAAAAAAUGUAAAGAAUGAUGGAAAAAAGUCACCUGAAAAUACAAAUUCGGCCGUAAUUCACA